CGCAAAGGCUGCGUGAGAGUGAUCGUGAUGUGUGCUUUCCGUAGAAUGACUUGCUAAUCGCAAUAAAUGAAAAUAUAGAUUAGAGUCGUUCCCCGGGCCUCGCUGCACCGCACACAGGGUUCGGUCGGACUUCGAAGCGACCCAGGCUGGAGAUCGACGACCGGGAAGCUCUAACGGAAAUGCCGAGGCGAAAGCGCACGCCAUGGGUCCCCGACAGCGAGACGGAGCUGGACGGGGGACUGUCGUUUGCGCACAGUCCGUUUCACGCGCACUUGCUACCCGAGGACGCGCAGGUGCUGGAGGCCGGCGCCCGUCUAACCGAGGACUCCGAGGUCGUCGCGGACUUGGCGGACCCGCUGCGGGGCGACCGCGGCAGCAUCGCGCUGCUGCUGCUGCUCUACGUGCUGCAGGGCAUCCCGCUCGGCCUCACCGGCGCCGUGCCAAUGAUACUGUCGUCGCGCAAGGUCAGCUACACCGAGCAGGCGAUGUUCAGCUUUGUCUACUGGCCGUUCAGCAUCAAGCUGCUGUGGGCGCCGAUCGUCGACGCCGCCUACUUCUCGUCGUUCGGCCGCCGGAAGUCGUGGCUCGUGCCGACGCAGUAUCUCAUCGGGGCCUUCAUGCUGUACCUGUCCGGGCAGGUCGCGCGCCUGCUAGGAGACGAUGGAUCUGAAGCUGCUAGCAUCUUUACACUGACGGUUGUGUUUUUCAUGUUGAACUUUCUGGCUGCGACGCAAGACAUUGCCGUCGACGGCUGGGCACUGACGAUGUUGUCAAGACGGAACGUCGGCUAUGCAUCGACUUGCAACUCUGUCGGUCAGACGGCCGGUUAUUUUCUCGGGAACAUAGUCUUUUUAGCGCUGGAGUCUGCAGACUUCUCCAACAAGUUUCUUCGUAGCACGCCAACCGAUACGGGACUUGUAACGCUCGGAGGAUUCCUCUGGUUUUGGGGCAUAGUAUUCAUGGUCACAACAACACUGGUUUGGAUGCUGAAGCCAGAGAAAGAAAGCCAAGACGACAGAGGCGGUGACGGCAUCAUGGCAACCUACAAGUUGUUGGGGGACGUCGUCCGUCUGCCCAGCGUUCAGUCGUACGUGAUCACGCUAAUAACCUGCAAGGUGGGCUUCGCAGCGGCGGACGCCGUCACGGGGCUGAAGCUGAUCGAGGCGGGCGUGCCGAAGGAGAAGCUGGCUCUGCUUGGCGUUCCCGUCGUGCCGCUGCAGAUCAUCCUGCCCUUCGUCAUCAGCAAGUACGUGACGAGGUCGCAGCCGCUCAGCUUCUGGCUGAAAGCGAUGCCGUGGAGGUUACUGAUGGGACUGAUAUUUGCCGUCCUGGUGUACUGGACACAACAGAUGCACGCAGUUGAUGGGGAGUUUCCCCUCUAUUACUACGCUAUCAUUCUCAUAACCUACGGUCUCCAUCAGGUGGCUCUGUACAUCAUGUUCGUUGCCAUCAUGGCGUUCCACGCCAAGGUCAGCGACCCGGCCAUCGGCGGCACGUACAUGACGCUGCUCAACACCGUGUCCAACCUCGGCGGAAACUGGCCGGUGACGGUCGCGCUGUGGUUCGUCGACGAACUCACGUGGAAAUCUUGCAGUGCCGACCCGAAGUUGGCCUGCGGUGAGGAAUGCGCGGCAGGGGGCGGCACGUGUACUACGAGCGUCGACGGCUAUUACGUGGAGUCGCUCGUCUGCGUUCUGCUGGGAUUCGCCUGGCUGCUGCUAAGGGGAGGAACCGUCCGAAAGCUACAGAACCUACCGAUGAGCGCGUGGAAGGUGGCGUAGCACCAGCGUCGCAGGAGAGGUUACGUACUGUCCGCAGCCUGCCGGAGCUGGUCACGUGUAAAUUGUGAGGCGGCGCCAUCUAUCCGCCGAUUGUGAAACCACCGACGUUUACUCAUAUGGGCACAAUGAUUGUUUGUUUAUAUGUUGUUUUCCUUUAUAGAGUAUAGAUAUGUUAAGGAUAUAUAUAUUAUAUAUAUAUGAUUAGGAGCAUCUACCCUCAUCCUUCCUAGGAUGAACUCCUGAUAUGUAUGAUAUUUUAGCUCUAUUUAUGAGUGUUACCGGUACUUAGUUUUAUAUGCGGACCAAAUUUCCAUUAAUUUAAAAUCGAAUGUCUACGUCAGUUGCAUUUAAAGUGCACGUGUAAAGUAAACCAUGACAGCUGUGCAUCAUGCAAAUCAACAAGGUAACGGGUGCAGAGAAAAUAUGUUAGAAUAUGAAUAAAUACUUGGUGAUUGAUAUGUAUA